GUUCAUGCAAAUAUAGUAGUGAGACUUUGAGUGAGUAUUGUCGAGUACAGACAGAGCAACGCUCGUGUCCGUCUGCGCGUGAGUUCAGUUCAUCUGUCCUGCUGCUUCACAACAGAGUUGAUGCUUCACUUCUGUUCAGCGCGCGUUUCUGGAUUAAAAUCUAGACCACAGGCAAACAUCUCAACAGCUCCACACAUUCACGAUCCACGCGUGUGAACGGCACAAUGUUGUGGAAAUUAGCAGAUAACGUCAAGUAUGAGGAUGACUGCGAGCAGGAAAGACAUGAUGUUAGCAGCAAUGGGAACUCCCGGUUACCUCACAUUCCCGCGGGGAGCCAGCACCUCUACAGUCCGCAUCCGUCCCUGUCGAACACCGCCAGCUCGGACUUCCAACCUCCGUACUUUCCGCCGCCUUACCAGCCCCUGUCCUACAGCCAAUCUGGCGACCCCUACUCUCACCUGGGUGACCCGUUUAAUAUCAACAUACACCAGUCCACGGCAUCACACCAGCAACAGUCAUGGCCCGGACGGCAGGGUCAGGAGGUCAUCGGAGCGCACGGUCGCAGCGGGCUCGCCAGUCCCAUUCUGGGCCUCGAGGGAUCGUCCGGGAUGCGCCGGGAUGCCUUCAGGAGACCAGAGCUUCUCUCCCCGCACUGCAUCGAUUCCAUGGCCGACAACAGUGGCCUGCACGAGCUUGGUCACGGGUUAGACGAGGUACAGCACGAAGGUGAUCACGGUCUCAUCGUUCCUGAUCAUACAGUCAUCAAAAAAGUGUCCAUGCCGAAGGGAAACGCCUUUGGAAUUCCCUUCCAGAAGGAGCAGCUGUUGGGAAUGGUGUCCAAUCCCACCGAGGUCUUCUGUUCUGUACCCGGUCGUCUCUCUCUUCUCAGCUCCACCUCCAAAUACAAGGUGACCGUGGCGGAGGUUCAGAGACGCUUGUCUCCGCCCGAGUGUCUCAAUGCCUCCUUGCUGGGAGGAGUGUUGCGCAGGGCAAAGUCGAAGAAUGGCGGCCGUUCCCUGCGGGAGAAACUGGAUAAAAUUGGGCUAAACUUGCCGGCCGGUCGCAGGAAGGCUGCUAAUGUCACCUUACUAACAGCCCUGGUGGAAGGUGAGGCCGUGCACCUGGCCAGAGAUUUCGGGUACGUCUGCGAGACAGAGUUUCCUGCAAAGGCCAUCGCGGAAUACCUCGGCCGACCACACGUGGAACGCAACGAGAUCAACUCUCGCAAAACCAUGCUGUUAGCAGCCAAGCAAAUCUGUAAGGAGUUCACGGAUUUGCUGACUCAGGACCGCUCGCCUCUGGGAAACUCCCGGCCGGCUCCCAUCCUCGAACCCGGGAUCCAGAGCUGCCUGACUCACUUCAGCCUCAUCACCCACGGCUUCGGCUCGCCGGCCAUCUGCGCGGCCAUGACCUCGCUGCAGAACUACCUCAACGAGGCGCUCAAGCAGGUGGACAAAAUGUACGUGAGUUCUAGCGGAGACCACUCGCAGGCCUCCUCCGACGGCAACAGUAAAGUAGACAAGAUGGACAAGCACAGAAAGUGACAUUUGUGGGACAGGACCGUUUGAAAGCAAUAAUCGCUUUUAUCGCGGAAUCACGUUUUUACCGGAACUGAUUCGAUGCUAUUGUAGAUUCUGUUGCCGUUUCGCUUUGUGUGUUUGUGUUUUUCUCCGAGCGUCCAGGUUAAGCUUGAACUCAAUGCCCUCUUUUCACGUCUUCCAGCACUUUCUUCUCCGCAAAGACGUAAACACAUUUCAAAAACGUAGCCUUCGUGAGAGCCGAGCGCCAAAGUUCCUUGUCGAGCGAUCCCCGCAGGGCCACAGCACGAGCGAUGUUUCAGAUGAGCAUCGGGAAGUCGUUUUCUCAGAGGGGAACCGCAAAGAGGAAGUUGUUGAGUUUCCCAAAGACAUCAAUUCAAGAGUUUAUGUGGAUUUUAACUAUGUUUUACCGCCAAUCUGGGAGGAGGAAGUCUGGUUUAUGUGCGUCCUCCUCCGUGGUGCCGCACCUCCUUUUGGACUUAUCGUGGAUGUGAUGAUCUUUCAGACAUUUUAACUACUUCUACGCUCAACUUCGUUGGAUGCAGUGUUAUAGUUGUUAUGUGUGUUCGAGUGUUGUGGGCACGCGUGUGUGCGUGGAUGAAUGCGAUUACUAAACAAACCCACUUCCACAGUGAACCUUUGCUAUGUGAGAAAUGCUGUUUUAAGAAAAACAUACGAUCUUUCGUCUGGGAUGAAUUCGAUGAGUGUUCACGUGAUGGUAUCAGAUAUCAUGCGGUUGAGUGUGCUUGCAUGUGUCGUAUGACCUUGUUUCGUCUUCUUCAUGCCCCCACGUCAAACUAGAAGUGAAAUGUUCCUUUUGUCUUUCCCCUAAUGUAAAUAUUUUCUAAUUUAUGUUGUAAUUUAAUGGGAUGUGUAAAUAUUGGUACAAUUACGGUGUUUGGUUUAACUUUUUAAAAAGACGUGUUCAGCUUUUAUAAAGGGGUUGCUUUUUUAUCAUAUAGUGGUUAGGCUACGGGUUUGAUAUUCUUUCAUGUGUAAUAUUGGUUUAAAGCUGUAGAUGACAUGCAGAAUAAAACACAGCAGUCUCUA